CUGCAUUGUUUUUCAAGCCAAGCUUUCAAUUGUUGUUUGACAACUGCCAAACAAAUCGAAUAUGACAGUUACCUCACAACAUGUCAGAUAGAAGAAAGAAAAUUUCCAACAGCUCAAUGACUCUGCAAAUAUUUUACGACCCCAUUUGGACAGACAGUAUGGGCUAUCCCAUGGUGGGAAUGAACAUGCUGAUGGACCCCAGCAUGCUGCCAAUGAACAACUACGGCAUGAUUCCCCCGAUGCUAGCUCCUGACCCCAGUAUGAUCCCUGCCGAUCCUGCUCUGAUGAUGAACCCGGUCAAGGAGAUUAUCCAUUGCAAAUCCUGCACGUUAUUUCCUCCUAAUCCUAAUGCCCCCCUGCCAACGACGCGGGAGCGUCCCCCAGGUUGCAGGACCGUUUUCGUGGGGGGGCUGCCUGAGAAUAUGACGGAGGAGAUUAUAACUGAGAUUUUCGAAAGGUGAGACAGGGUAUAACAAUUUCUUGUAGUGU